GGCGGCGGCCGGGGCCAUGGCCGAGGGCGGCGGGGGCGCGCGGAGGAAGGCCCCGGCGCUGCUGGAGGCGGCCCGGGCGCGCUACGAGAGCCUGCACAUCUCGGACGACGUGUUCGGCGAGUCGGGCCCGGACAGCGGCGGGAACCCCUUCUACAGCACCUCGGCGGCCUCGCGCUCCUCCUCGGCCGCCUCCUCGGACGACGAGCGUGAGCGCCCCGCGCCCCCGGGGGCCGCCCCGCCGCCCCACGCCGCGGACCCCCUGGAGCCGGACGAGGCGGAGGCCGGUGGGGGCUGGAGCGCCGUGCUGCGGGAUCGCCCGCCCCCGCGCUUCGAGGACACCGGCGGGCCCACCAGGAAGAUGCCGCCCAGCGCAAGUGCGGUGGACUUCUUCCAGCUCUUCGUUCCCGACAACGUGCUCAAGAACAUGGUGGUGCAGACCAACCUGUACGCCAGGAAGUUCCAGGAGCGCUUCGGCAGCGACGGCGCCUGGGCGGAGGUGACGCUGGCAGAGAUGAAGGCCUUCCUGGGCUACGUCAUCUCCACCAGCGUCUCGCACUGCGAGUCGGUCCUCAGCAUCUGGAGCGGCGGCUUCUACAGCAACCGCAGCCUGGCGCUCGUCAUGAGCCAGGCCCGCUUCGAGAAGAUCCUCAAGUACUUCCACGUGGUGGCCUUCCGCUCCAGCCAGACCACGCACGGCCUCUACAAGGUCCAGCCCUUCCUCGACUCCCUCCAGAGCGGCUUCGAUGCUGCUUUCCGGCCGUCUCAGACCCAGGUGCUACACGAACCCCUGAUUGACGAGGACCCGGUGUUCAUCGCCACUUGCACAGAGCGGGAGCUGCGGAAGCGGAAAAAGCGGAAAUUCAGCCUGUGGGUCCGCCAGUGCUCUUCAACCGGCUUCAUCGUCCAGAUCUAUGUCCACCUGAAGGAAGGGGGUGGCCCCGAUGGUCUGGACGCUCUGAAGAACAAGCCACAGCUCCACGGCAUGGUGGCCCGGAGCCUGUGCCGGACCGCGGCUGGGAAGAACUACAUCAUCUUCACGGGCCCCAGCAUCACCAGCCUCACCCUGUUCGAAGAAUUUGAGAAGCAAGGGAUCUACUGCUGCGGCCUGCUCAGCUCCAGGAAGAGUGACUGCACUGGCCUCCCUCCAUCCAUGCUGACCAACCCUGCCACGCCGCUGGCCCGGGGCCAGCACCAGAUCAGGACGAAGGGGAACAUGUCUCUGAUCUGCUGGUACAACAAGGGCCACUUCCGCUUCCUGACCAACGCCUACUCUCCCGUGCAGCAAGGUGUCAUCAUCAAGCGAAGAAGCGGGGAAAUCCCCUGCCCUCUGGCUGUGGAGGCCUUCGCUGCUCACCUCAGCUACAUCUGUAGAUACGACGACAAGUACAGCAGGUAUUUCAUCUCCCACAAGCCAAACAAGACGUGGCAGCAGGUGUUCUGGUUCGCCAUCAGCAUCGCCGUCAACAACGCCUACAUCCUGUACAAAAUGUCGGACGCCUACCACGUGAAGAGGUACAGCCGGGCCCAGUUUGGAGAGAGACUUGUCAGGGAGUUGCUGGGCCUGGAGGAGACGUCACCAACGCACUGAGACUGUGCCGGCCCAGGGGUGGCAGGGACAAGAAAGGCGCCCGUCACCUGCGUGUUCAUUGGAGGGCCCGUGUGUGGUCAGGAUCUGUUUUCCGCAUCACCCCCCAAAGGGUGGCUCCCCAGAGCCUGGGCAGGUGACUGGCGGGGCCGUGACCUUGGAAGGUACCAGCAGAAGGACCAGUGGACCAAAGAGCUUGAAAGAUGCUGAUGGGCUCUAGUCGACCAGGCACGCUCCGAGAUGGACCGCUCAGAGCCAGCGCUCAGCAAUAGGGGGCGUGGGUUUCCAGCACUCUCCUGCGGGAUCAGCCUCAGUGGCUUCAUGGAAAGAAGGUGCCAUUAAACCUCAGAGUCAGUGGGCAGGAAUGGUUGCAGCGGACUGGAAACAGGGUGUCCCCGUUACGUCCUCCACAGGGCUGGUGACGGAGCAGGGCACAGAGGGAACCACGAGAGGGAAGAGCGAUGCCGUUUUUUUAAUUUUUCAAUAUAUCUUCAGGUUAUUUUCCUACUGUUGCUUAAGGUCUACUGUAAACGAGACGUGUCUCCUCCUCCCCCACAUCACACACCCUCACAGUUCCCUGCAUGAUCGCAGUUCUGUGUCUGGCCUGUGGCAGGGCAGGAAGGGCCUCCGGCUUCCAGGACAGCCGUGGCUACGGCUACCAAGGCCCGGGGAACCCGCAGGCUGUGCACUUUGUCACCGUGUCCUUGCUGGCAGAGAUACCUGUCUUGAGAACUAUGUAGCAUUUGUGAAAACAAAAUCUCCCAUCGCCCUUUCUCUGUGUGUGGUGGUUCCUGGGAAGGGACAGCAGAUGAGGAGGCCUGGCUGGGAGCCACCUGGGGGGUUGACCUGGGGCUGGGGACUGCCCACCGCAGGGGCAGGAAGGCAUGGGGGUCCUUCCCGAGACCCAGGCCCUUCCGGCCAGAGGUUGACACAUCUCCACGGAGCCCCGCAGUGGGUCUGCCCUCCGCACAGAUAGGAAACAAGUAACGUCUGCACCUUGCAGCCCCCACCUGACCUUGCAGCCACCUAAGGUCUACAGAUGCAGAAUGUUCUCAGCGGGGGGGCUUUGGGACACUUCCUCAUUUGUCGGUGAGCUGAGCUGUGGCGGGCAGAAUGCCUUCCAUGCCUUGUCACUUCUGUGCCCUCACUCUCUGUGCACACCCUCGCCUGCGGCGGGCCCCGAGACACCACCGAUCACAGGCCCAAUUCCAGAUUGUGUUUAAGGUAACCUUUGCUGUACCCUUAAUUGGAUUGAAAGCACUUUUACCACGUGGAGAAAUAUAUUUUUAAUUUGUGAUGCUUUUCUACAAGGUCCACUCUUUCUGAGUUCAGGUGUUUCCAGCACUUAGGGAGACCAAUGAAGGCCAAUGACUUUUUCUUUUCUGUCCAAUCAAGAAAAAUAAAAAUAAAAAUCUAUUUAGAUGCUGGCUGUUAGUAUGUGGCUUUGUU